AUUUAUUUGUGAUGUAGCUUCUUGAUUUACUGGUGGAAAUUUGAAUAUGUAUAAGCAAAUAUUUGAUGCUAGCUUUGUGCACCCUCCCCCGCACACUCAGUAAUAAUGGUGUUCGAGCUGCCCUGGAAUUCCUACUCGCAGUCUCAACCCAGGAUGAACUCGUCCCGAUGUAGGCUCCAUUUAAGCAAGAUAUUUAAUUUGUAACAAGAAUACUCUGUAGAGUGUCUUUGGAGAAAAGGUGCUGAAAGAUGUGUUUUUUGAGGGAGAUGGGUGGGCAGAUUGAAGCCUGUUUAUGUUGAACGGGAAGAUAUUGAUUUUAAGUGCUGGGUCCUGCAUUGAUUCUUGUCCCCUACUGUGCAUGCAACGUAAUGCUGCAGUAUAUCAGGAGGAGGGGAAGAAAAGCAAUUUGUGCAGUGAUGUAGAGAGAGAGAGAGAGAGAGAGAGAGAGCGUGAGCGUGAGUGAGCGAAAGCAUCAAGUGUUGACUGUGAUGCAGACGUCUGGCUUUUCCCCGCUGAACUGGAGACAAUCUGACUAAGGAUGGUUGGAAAUGGCCUGCUUUUUAAUGGGGGUCGACACUGCUCUAGCUUACCCCGGUGAGGUUAGAUAUCAGCCUUUCACUUCAAAGACCUCCAAGCAGCCUCUGACACCCAGUGCCUCAUCUGUCGGUGAACACGCAGUCCAGUUCUCGCACACCAGCACCAAGGACCAACCAAGCCCACACAGUCCAGCCAGCACUCCAGAUGCUGCCAGUUACCUGGUUGAGAGCAGCAGCAAAAAAGUUGCACUUUGUGCACAGUUGGAUGUGAGUGUGGACCAACCACCGCCGCUCACCAAGGCCGAGGAUGUCGGUAUGGGGAUUAAGAAAAAGAGAAAGAAAAAAGAACUAAAGGAGGAUGUCAGCAGUGAAAUGGUAACCGAUGCACCCAAACCAAAGAAGAAGAGAAAAGAGCCUAAGUGUGAUAAGGAACCGAAAGAGGGCAAAGCUGCAAAAGAGCCUAAGGGCUCAAAAGGAGCAAGGAACCGUGGGGAACCUAAGGAACCUAAAGGUACCAAGGGGGCCAAAGAGCCGAAGGAACCUAAGGGUGCCAAGGAACCCAAGCAGCUGAAAGAGCCAAAAUGUAAAUCUAACGCUACACCCAAAAGCAAGACCAGCAAGAAAGCCAGCAAAGAACAAGGCCCAACACCAGCUGAAAAGAAGAAGAAAGGGAAAAGGAAAACUGCUGCUCCGGCAGAGAAUUCUGAACAUAAGCAUUCGGCGGAAAAGACACCUGUGGCCACAGAGGAGCUGACAGAUGCACAGAAGCGACGAUCAGGCCGUCAAGUAAAACGAAGGAAGUACAAUGAAGACUUGGACUUCAAAGUUGUCGAUGAUGCCGGUGAAACAAUUGCUGUACUGGGAACAGGGCGGAUUUCUCCGAGCUCUGGGUCCUCACAGAAAGGAAAUCAGACGACGGAAAGUCAGGAGGAGGACGAGUCUGCUGUCAUUGAGAAGAUCCUGGCUCAGCGAAUGUUACCGAAAGAGACCCCUGGUGCGAGCAUAGAGGAAGUCGAAGAAUUUUACGUCAAAUACAGGAAUUACUCAUACCUGCAUUGUAAAUGGGCCACAUUGGAGGAGCUGCAAAGGGAUAAAAGGAUUCACCAGAAGAUCAAGCGUUUCAGAGCCAAGCAGGCUCAGAUGAAGAACCUUUUUGUUGAGCCUGAUGAAGAGCCCUUUAAUCCGGAUUACAUAGAGGUUGAUCGGAUCUUGGACGUCGCACAUACCAUAGACUCUGACACUUCAGAGCCUGUGACUCAUUACUUGGUGAAGUGGUGCUCUCUACCCUACGAAGAAAGCACUUGGGAGCUAGUGGAAGACAUCGACCCCGUAAAGAUUCAGGAAUAUGAGGAGUUGCAGAUUGUGCCUGAAAUCUCACAUGUGGAGCGGCCUCCUGCUGACACAUGGAAGAAACUGGAGCUGACACGGCCGUACAAAGCGGACAAUAACCUCAGGGAAUACCAGCUGGAGGGAAUGAACUGGCUGCUGUUCAACUGGUACAACAGAAAAAAUUGCAUCCUGGCGGAUGAAAUGGGUCUGGGGAAGACAAUCCAAUCAAUUACAUUUCUGUAUGAAAUAUACUUGAUGGGAAUCCGGGGCCCUUUCCUCAUUAUUGCACCUCUCUCCACAAUAGCCAACUGGGAGCGGGAGUUCCGCACAUGGACGGAGGUAAAUGUCAUCGUGUACCACGGCAGUCAGAUCAGCCGCCAGAUGAUCCACCAGUAUGAAAUGCACUACAAAGAUUCUGAGGGCCUCCCCAUCCAGGGCAUUUUCAAGUUUAAUGCAAUAAUUACCACUUUUGAAAUGAUUUUGGCUGACUGCCCUGAGCUGCGAAAAAUCCAGUGGAGUUGUGUGAUCAUCGAUGAGGCCCAUAGGCUGAAGAACAGGAACUGUAAACUGCUGGAGGGUCUCAAGCUCAUGGCUUUGGAACAUAAAGUUCUACUGACUGGAACCCCUUUGCAGAAUACAGUGGAAGAGCUAUUCAGCUUAUUAAAUUUUCUUGAACCCGUUCACUUUCCUUCUGAGUCCAUGUUCAUGGAGGAGUUUGGAGACCUGAAGACCAAUGAGCAGGUGAAGAAGCUACAAGCAGUAUUGAAACCCAUGAUGCUUCGAAGACUGAAAGAUGAUGUGGAGAAAAAUCUGGCUCCAAAGGAGGAGACCAUCAUUGAGGUGGAACUGACUAACAUCCAGAAAAAGUAUUACAGGGCCAUCCUGGAGAGGAACUUCUCUUUCUUGGCUAAAGGAGCUAACCAGGCUAACAUGCCAAACCUGCUGAAUACCAUGAUGGAACUGAGAAAAUGCUGUAACCAUCCCUACUUGAUCAAUGGUGCUGAGGAGAAAAUCCUGGAUGAGUUCCGUGAAGUGCACAAUCCUGAGGCUCCUUAUUUCCAACUGCAGGCCAUGAUCCAGGCUGCAGGAAAGUUGGUGCUGAUCGACAAGCUGUUGCCCAAACUGAUAGCAGGUGGGCACAAAGUGCUGAUCUUCUCUCAGAUGGUUCGCUGCUUGGAUAUACUUGAAGAUUAUCUCAUCCACCGACGGUACACCUAUGAGCGGAUCGAUGGCAGGGUACGGGGGAACUUGAGACAGGCUGCCAUUGAUCGCUUCUCCAAACCAGACUCGGACCGCUUUGUGUUUCUGCUGUGCACCAGGGCAGGAGGUCUUGGUAUUAAUCUUACUGCUGCAGACACUUGUAUCAUCUUUGAUUCGGAUUGGAACCCACAGAACGACCUGCAGGCUCAGGCUCGUUGUCACCGGAUAGGACAGAGUAAAGCAGUUCAAGUGUAUCGCCUCAUAACCCGUAACUCGUACGAGCGAGAGAUGUUCGACAAGGCCAGCCUCAAGCUGGGUCUAGACAGAGCAGUCUUGCAAGCAAUGAACCGCAGAGGAAACACCAACGGGGUGCAGCCAUUGUCCAAGAUUGAAGUAGAGGAUCUUCUUCGUAAAGGAGCAUAUGGAGCCCUAAUGGAUGAGGAGGAUGAAGGAUCAAAGUUUUGUGAAGAAGACAUUGACCAGAUCUUGCUUCGGCGAACUCGCACAAUCACCAUUGAAUCAGAAGGGAAGGGUUCAACAUUUGCAAAGGCCAGUUUUGUAGCUUCGGGCAAUAGGACGGACAUCUCCCUGGAUGACCCCAACUUUUGGCAAAAAUGGGCCAAAAUUGCAGAGCUGGAUAUAGAGUCAAAGAACGGCAAGGACAGUUUGGUCAUCGACACACCACGUGUCAGGAAACAGACCAAACACUACAAUUCGUUUGAGGAUGAUGAAUUGAUGGAGUUCUCUGAGCUUGACAGUGAUAGUGAAGAUAAACCUUCAAGGUCUCGCCGUCUCCACGACAAGACACGGCGGUAUCUCCGGGCCGAAUGCUUUCGGGUGGAAAAGAACCUGUUGAUAUUCGGGUGGGGGCGAUGGAAGGACAUCCUGUCGCAUGGACGCUUCAAAUGGCACUUGACAGAGAAGGACAUGGAGACCGUUUGUCGCACCCUCCUGGUCUAUUGCCUGAAGCAUUACAAAGGAGACGAGAAGAUUAAAAGUUUCAUCUGGGACCUUAUCACUCCUACAAAAGAUGGACAGAAUCAAGCACUGCACAAUCACUCAGGGUUGUCAGCUCCUGUGCCCAGGGGCAGGAAAGGCAAGAAGCUGAAAACCCCACUGUCCCAACCAGAGCUGAAGAACGCUGACUGGAUGGCCAGCUGUAACCCAGAGGUGCUUUUCCAUGAUGAUGGCUAUAAGAAACAUCUCAAACAGCACUGCAACAAGGUCUUGCUGAGAGUCCGAAUGUUAUAUUAUCUCAAGCAGGAGGUGCUGGGGGAGGCCGCUGACAAAGCUUUGGAUGGUGUUGAUGCAAGUAAGCUGGAAGUCUGGAUGCCUGAGGUUGACUACAAUGAUAUCCCAGUUGAAUGGUGGGAUGGAGAUUGUGACAAGUCCAUGCUCAUUGGAGUUUACAAACAUGGUUAUGAGCGAUAUAAUGCGAUGAGAGCUGACCCAGCACUCUGCUUCCUUGAGAGGGUGGGCAUGCCUGAUGAGACCUCACUGGCAGCCGAGCAAGGAGGUGUUGACCUGCCAGCAGACAUAAGCGAAGGGGUUGACCUUUGUAAAGGUGAUGACUCCGAGUUGAAGUCUGAUGGCCAGUUCAAAGAUCAGCCAGAUGAAGAUGUAAAUUCCUGCAUUGAAUCUGGGAUUUUGGAGAAAGGGGAAGACUCAAUUUUAGGUCAGAAUGGUGCAGACAUGGACCGUCCCCAGUGGCCGGUGGCUUCAGUGCUCACAGCUCGUCUUCGUCGCCUCAUAACCGCCUACCAACGCUGCAAUCGCAAGGAGCUGGUGAGAAUGGAGUCGCAGGCGCGCAAUAACCGGCGUCGCUGGUAUCCACAGGAUGAGAUCUGGGGAAGGGUGUCAGAAAUGGACAUUGUUACCAUGGAAAUCCAGCAAAGGUGGACAAGGAGGGAACAGACAGAUUUCUACCGUGUGGUCUCGACGUUCGGUGUGGUGUAUGAUCCAGACAAGAAGCAGUUUGACUGGAACCAGUUCCGCAGCUUUGCCAGGUUGGAGAGAAAAACGGAUGGAAGCCUAGAGAGGUAUUUCCGAAGCUUCGUGGCCAUGUGCCGGAAUGUUUGCAGGCUGCCUCAGAGGAAAGAAGAGGCUUCAGAUCCAAGCAUUUUUGUGGAGCCCAUCACGGAGGAACGAGCUUCGCGGACUCUGUACCGGAUAGAGUUGCUGCGCAAGGUUCGUGAGCAAGUUCUGCGGAGCCCGCAGCUGAGCGAGCGGCUGAAGCUGUGCCGCCCCAGCCUGUACCUGCCGGUGUGGUGGGAAUGCGGUAAACAUGACCGUGACUUGCUCAUAGGCACUGCCAAGCACGGCCUCAGCAGGACGGACUACUACAUCCUCAACGACCCUCAGCUUUCCUUCCGCGAGGCUCACAGGAACUACGUACAGAACGGGAACACCUACUUCCAGACAGUGCCGGCUCCUUGCAGCCAGUCCUCCCUCAAUUUCAGCCAGUCUGCUUCUCCUGCCUCCACUGUGCUCACUCUGGGGGAGAAGGACAACAUUGAGCAGAUGGACGCGGAGCAGGAGAAGCUGGAGGAGGUUUUGGAUGUGCCGAGCCCCUCGGCAGGAACGCUCAGAGACUGUGCCGAAGUGAAGAAUGAAGAGGGUGCAGCUGACCCUGUAAACAAGUGCAGCGCUGCUCAAUCUAGUCUCAGUCUGUCUGAGGCAGUGGCUGCAGGGAACGAAUGGGGAGCUGUCAACUGCACACAGACCAAGUUUUACCCUAUGCCAACAACACACGUCAAAUCUGAAGAGACGAAUGCCGUGGACGGAAUGUGUGCAGAGGGUGAUGGCGAGGAAGGUUUACUGAAGCCUGUGCUGGAAUCUUGCAGCCGUGGAGAAACCAUGUUCCAGAGAAAUCUACAGCCUGUGUGUGUUGCUGCUGCCUCACCAAUAAACUGUCUGAACUUGCUGCUGGUACAAUCCAAUGGUGUGUUGGAAGUGCCGUCUGUACCAGAGGAGAUGAUGGAUAGUUCGGCACCAGUGUGUGGUGUGCAGCCUGUGGACCCGGUGCCUGGUGCCGUCCCUCCGUGUCACCUUGUGCACGACAAGCAGGUUAAAGCUGAGAAUGAGAGCUCGAUGGAAGUCAGUGGUGGGGAGAGCCCCAUAGGUGAACACGUUUAUGAUCUGCAGGCUAACUGCCCGGGCGUGUGCCUCACACAGACCACAGCCAAUAGUUCCAAUAGACCAUGGAAUAGAGCCAGCCAGCUGGCUGAGUCCAACUCUCCAGUUACUGCACCUGUAAGUCCACAAGCCACCAAUGGGUUGAAGCUGACUGAAGCUGUGGCGGGCACAGACCAGCAAGGUGUGGCUGUGAAUGAGACCUGUUCAGCAGAAACGGAGGAGCUCGUGGCCUUUACAAAUGCUGAAUCAGACCAUCCUCCGUUCGUGAAGGUAGCCGUGCAAAGCCUAACGAGCACUCCGUCGCUCGGAACUGCUUACUCGUUAAUGAAGACGGUGCAGGCUGAGCCAGAUCCAUCCUCAGCCCAUGAUGGCAUCGUUCCCAUAAAGCGGGAGCUGACAAUCAGGCACCUCCUCGAGGACUGCAUGAAGGAUGAUCUCUGUAAAACAGAAGAGAAAUCCGAGGAAGAUAAUUCACAACCUGAAGUUAUCCCGCUGAAGAGUUUUGAUGAGGAGAGCAACACAUCUGCCAGCCUGGUCCAAGAUGAGAUCCAGGACACCCUCCUGCAGGACAUCCGCGAGCCAACCAUCGCACAACUGCUGCAGGAGAAAACACUCUACUCGUCUGCUGAGUGGCCCAAGGAUCGAGUUAUCAUAAACCGCAUCGACAACAUCUGCCACGCUGUGCUGAAAGGAAAAUGGCCAUCAGCACAACAGCAGAACCUGGAAGCUGCUGGUGUAAUGUACUCCAUGGCUGCCCCAGCAGACAGUCUGAACGUGAGGAGCUGCCUCAGUGUCCCUGUGCAGGCUGCACACACUCUCAGCUUUGCUGACGGCUCUGUCUCCUCCCAUCAAUUUUCAAAGGAGAGCCUACUUGCAUUAACGUUCCCGAGGGAUCAGAGGAGGAGAAGGCGGAAGUAUGAGUUUGAGACAGAUCGAGGUGCAAAGAGGAAGAGCCAGGAGGAGGCUGCCUCCAUCCUCACUCAUCCGCCUAUCAUUUUGAAUGGAUGGCAGGAGACUGCCAUGGACCUUUCCAAGGCAGCGGAAGAGGUGCCUGGCUCUGUGCCAGUCAUCAUCAGUGCGAGCACCCCCAGGCUGAGCUCGCUGGACCCCUCGGCUGCUUUCAGAGCAGAUAUGGCCGGGAUCCUGCAGGCAGGCCUCGUCCAUCCCGUCACAGGUCAGGUGAUCAACGGCGCCUACAGAGGAGAAGACACCUCGCGCAGAAAGAGAGGACGGAGGAAGAACGUCGAAGGUGUUGAUAUCCUCUUCAUGAAGGAGAAGAAACCAGAGAUGUUGGUAGGUUUCAAGGAGAGCGGUCUGUCGAAGCAGCUUUUCUCUGGGGUAGCUCACUCCACCGACAACAUGGCCGGCAUGAUGAUUAAACUGCCUCAGGGCAAGCAGCAACUGGGAAACGAGGAGGAAGAGAAAAACAAGAGUCUGAUUGAGUGGCUAAGGCAGCAUCCCACCUACACCAUGGAUGUGUCCAACCUGGCUCCCAAUUGCACGGCUAUUUUACACAGCCUUUCGGAGCGACCAAAACAAAGGAGGCAUCGCUGCAAGGAUCCUAGUAAACUGGACAUCAACUCGCUGACUGGGGAGGAAAGGGUGCCUGUCGUGCAUAAGGGAAGUGGAAGGAAGCUGGGGGGCGCGAUGGCACCGUUGCUGAAGGAGCUGGCAACAUGGCUGGACGCAAACCCAGAGUACGCUGUCGCACCCGAGUGGGCGGAAAUCGUGAAACACUCGGGCUUUCUACCGGAGAACAAGUUUGGCCGCAUCUUGACGGAGCCCGUGGUGAAAGAGACGGGUGCCAGGAAGCGGGGAAGGAGACCGCGGAGUGAGAUGGUCAAACCUGGCGUCCUUAUGGGUGACACCACCUCGGCAAUGGGACCAAUGUUCAUGAACGGGCUCAUCGCUGGGAUGGAUCUCGUGAGCCUUCAGAACCUGAGAAACAUUCAUAACCUUCAGCUGGCCGGGUUGAUGGGAUUCCCAGCGGGAUUUGCUGCUAUCCCCUCGGGAGAGGAUGGCAAGAACAGCCUGAACAUGUUGCCUAUGAUGCUCCCUGGGAUGGCUGGGAUGUCGCACGUGUUUGGCGUAGGGGGAUUGUUGAACAGCCCAUCGAUGAUGUCAAAUACCAGCACUUCAUGUACGUCUACGUUGACGACAAGUGUUUCCUCUAAAGCAAAUAAAGGCAGCGAACAGCACAGUGGUGCUGCCGAGUCAAGGAAACACGAGGAUGGAUCUUUGUCAGGGGAGAAACCAGGUCCGAGUUCAUCUUUCCCUGACUCUGGAGAAGCCAGAGUCACCACCAGCAAUGCGUUACCCAUCAACCCAUUCCUGCUGCACAGUAUGCCUGCUGGAUUAAUAUACCCUUCCAUGUUCCUUCCGCACGGUGUUGGCAUGGCAAUGCCUGGCUUUGCACACUCUGAGGGAGACACCACUGGAAGCCCAAAGAAGAAGAGGAAGAAAGCCAAGGACGAGGCUGCAACUGAGGGAACUGAACCCUGCCCACAGCUCAUAAACGUUGAGGAGAGCAUGAGAAAUUCAACAGACUUCACUGCCGUACAGGACAGUUCUGUGCAGGAAACUCAGAAAAACUCUGUAGAUGGUACCCAGAAUGCCGAGUAGAAUUUCUAUUUACUUUUAGGUCAACUUUAGAUUUUCUUGAUUUAAAAUUUUAAACCAUGUUUAUGACCCCUUCCUGCCUCGAACUGUUCUCUUCUCCACACCUCCUACACCCCCCCACCACCAAUCCUCCUCUCCACUCACACUGUGUGGGGUUAGGAAUCUAAAGCAGUUGUGUUGAAAUACACUGAGGUUGCUUUAAUGGUCAAUUUUAAUUGGUGACCGCAUUCUCCAUAGCACAAACUACGCUUUGAUUGUUGCUUCAGAGAUUAUGGGGGACAAGUAACGGGGAUGGGAGGAGAGAGAGUAGGAAGGCAAAAAUGUCCUGAUUUUUCACCACAUAGAUAUCACUCAAGGGGGGCCAUCAACAGUUACUUGAUGCCUCUUGCUCUAAGCUCUAGUUUUGUCAGUAUUCACCUUACUUUUUUUGUAAUACACUGGUCUCAGGAGAGGAGGGAGGAAUCUGCCAGUUGAACUCUCCCUGGCUGGUGAGAUUGAAAGAGUUCUAUGUGCUUGUCCUGCCUUUCCACAGUACCAGUGGCCUGUUGGUUAGUCUGUUCUCUAAUUGUGCUGUGGCUUUGUGCUGCAGUUCAGGAAACUCUUUCUAGGAGUUGCAUACACCACACAAUAGCUGUUCCACUCUCUCUUCUGUUAGUACUGAUUGGAGCAUUUGAUGUUGGGAGAAAGGAUGAGGAGAAUAAAGAUCACUACCGUGACCCUUCUUCAGAACGAAUCCCCUUGAAAAGUUUGCAAAUUAGACUUUUAAAAGAUACCUUGUCCGCAACGAUUUUACAGCAAAGCAUGUACAGAAUUGUACUUUCUCUGAAUUAAGGAACCAGUUAAAAAACUCAGUGACAAACGGAGGGGAGUGGUGUUGCAAUCUCAGCAUGGCGCACACACAAACCAAGAUCUGGUGAGAGUGAGCUUGUAGCCCUGUAUGACACACAGAUCAGCAGGUUAUGUUAAGCCAAGCAGAUGUAAAUACUGGUGCUAAUCUAUAAAGGUACAUUGAUGCCGUAAAACUCCAAAUAUAGAUUAGUUGCUUUUAGUAAAUACAGAGAUGCCGGAAGUACGCAAUAGGUUGGAUGGCAGCUAUGGAGAAAAAGUAAAAUAGUUACUGUUUCAGAUCUGUGGCUCUCAUGAGUUCUCUAGAAAAGUCAUUACCCUGAAACAGGAACUCUUCUCUCCCCAUAGUUGCUGCCUGAUCUGCUGAGUGUUUGCUGCAUUUGCUGGUUUGGUCUCUGAUUUAAUCUGCAGUGUUUUGCGUUUCCAGUAGUUGCUAGUGACUAUUUCUCGCUAAACUUGCUGAGGAACUGACAAGGUAUUUUCCCGAUAUCACGCCUUGCUUUUGUCUGCUGUCGGCAGCCAGAAUCCGUAUCAGUUCUGUCUGCUCAUCUUGUCCGUGUGUCAGCAGGCUGGUGCUCAGUAACCAGACCUGCCAAAAGUCCCAUCUCCCUUCCCCGUCACACACCUCCACCCUCUGCACCAAAUCUUCUCAGACGAUGUGACACAUUUUGGUAGUAUUGCCAGCACCUAUAGUGAGGUGUUGGGACACUGGUUUCCCUGUAGCAAGAAGAUUCUGAAUCGUACUGUAGCAGUUCUGUGUAAUUAUAAAAUUAAAUACACAGUGGGUGUGUGAAUGGAAGAUGAGGUUGUCUGUUACUGUAUGACACUUGUUUUUUGUAUUUUAGUUGUUUUAUGAGGGGUGGGAAGGGAGCCAAAUUAUAAUCAAGUAUUUUCUGCCUUUAUUUUGCCUUUAGUUUAGUUAGUAAAUUGUUGUUAUUGAUUUUUAAACAAAAAACUUUUAAAAGGAUCACUGAAGACCAAUUUUCUUGAUGACUCUUUCUGAAUCUAAUCCAUUACAAGUUGGUCUCUUGUUUCAGAGUGGGUGGCAAUGUAUAACCCUCGUAACUUGCUGGAACACUGGGAAGAUGGCCUGGGUUAGUAUUAUUUGUUAAAAUGCCCCUGUUCUCUGCUCCACAACCUCCCACCUUCCAACAUGUAGCUCAGAAGAUGGCGGAAUGCAAGCGGUGUAAUUAUGGCUAAUGAACAGAAAGGAAUAUCCUAUAAAGAAGUGAUAUCACGGUGGCAGCGUGCAUUGAAAGAGUCUCUCACUCCAGCCCCUUCCCCUUGACCCAGGCUUUGCUGCUUUGACCAUACCAGCAGGUGGACACUGGCUUCAGUGCAGCCGGGCACAGUCCCCUGUGCAGGUCCCAUGACAGCUCGGAGAUUACGUUUUUUGUUGAUGGUUUAUUUCCAAAGUGAAUAUCAAGUUUUGAAGUAUUCAACGUUUACUGUCCACUGAAGUUUUUUUUUAAAAAGCAAAAGUUGUUUUUCACUUUCUUUACUGUUACAACCUUGCAUAACUUAUGGUUUUGUGCCGAGGUCCAAAUGUUGAGUCAUAUAUUUCGUUACUACAUUAUUUAUUCAUCUGUUGAAUGUCUGUUUUUUUAUUGUAAUUAUUCUGAAUCACUAACUAUGAAAUUCUGUCCUGUUUUUUUUUUUAACCUUGAAAUGCAAGCAAAUAGUCUUUGAUGUUUGCACAGUGUAUUCAGCAGUUUGAAAACUUUAGAUAAUUUCCAAAAUCUUUAAUUGGAGAUGCUUUCCAAAGAUGCACUGUGUUUAUUGAGGCGGUGUCCCAUCUGUUUGUCUGCACUUGGUCUUUAUGAUACACAUCACUUUGCGGAGAAAAGUACAGUGCAUCUGGUCUUGUAUUAUGCAAAGUUGCUCUCUGUUUGUGAUAUAAAGCAGCAAUGAACCCGUACAUUUUCCUGGAAAUUCUACAAACAAUAAUGGUGGAUGUAGAUCUGAUUGUUAUAUAGCCCACAAAUGAUGCUGCUUUGUUAAAAUUUGACAGCUAGGUUGCGGGGGGGGGGGGGAGAAUUAAAGAUGUCAAAAGUGGGGUGACGUAAACAAUAUUUUACCACUCCACCCAGCAGCUUUGUUGCAUCUUGUUGCAGUUGCCCAUCCCAUCUGUUGCUUAUUGAAUUUGUAGCUGAACCUGCUUAAUUUUACAUCAUGUUAAUACAAGUGUAGAGAGCAAGCAUUCUGCAUCGAGCAAAGGGAAGCCUAUUUCACACAGAUGGCUGUGAAGGGAGGCAAACACGGCUUGAAUUAGUUAACCUUUUAAGAUAUUUUUGAAGUAGUUUUGAAGUCACUUGAGACAUAAUUUGUGUAUUAUUGUACCAGGAGAUGAAGGACUAAACUCAGUGUCACUCAGAUCCUGGUUUGAUGCUGAAACCUUCAGUGGUACAUUAUUGUCACAUGUACCUAAGUACAGUGAAUAUAUUUUUUGCAGCGGCUCAGUGCCUUCCUACUGUGCAGGAAGAGCAAAGUUCAGGUUAGGCUCUACUUGUCAUUCACGCCUUCAAGGGGUUGAUGAAAGGGACUCUGGUGGAGUCCUGGAUGCAGACAGCUUCCUUAAUUCCAGAUUAAUUUAAAUAAAAGCUUUAAAAAUGACCAGGGAGCCAGUGUCUUUCAAUGGAGGAGUUAAAAGAGCCUUUGUGAGAUGGCAUUGCACUGAGCCCUGGCAAGCACAUUGUAACAGUACUCAUUGAUGGCUAAAAUAAUAAAUUAGCAUCAAAUGUCAGUGAUUACACUGGAGUAGGUGGCAGUGUAGACCCACAGAGCAUCUGUUGACCAUUGCUGGACCGGAAUACAGCACCUCUCCGUGAACGUGCUGCAGAACUGACUCCUACCACACAACCUACAGGCUCCUCUUUCCCUCUCUAGCCUCUAACAAUGCUAUCCUAUCAGCAUGAUUUCCAAACAAAAUAUUUUGAAGAGAGGACCUUGAAGUUGACCAUCCGUUUUGCAAUGCCUUUGCUUCUUUCUUCCUCUUUCUUGGCCUCCACUCAGACUCAUCCCCUAGUAAAGUCAGGACACAAUCAGAAUAGGACACAAACUCCGGAGGACAUGGACAGGAAACGUUUUGGGUUGGGAUCCUUCUUCAGAUGGAUUGUGGCAGAGGGAGAAAGCUGGAAGAGGGGUUGGGGUGGGACAGAGUCUGGCAAGUGAUGGGUUGAUACAGGUGAGAGGGGCUUUUAAGUUCCAACUCUCUCCCCCUCUACCACAAUGAGUCUGAAGAAGGGUCCCGACCCGAAAUGUGGACUGCUCAUGUUCUCUAGAGAUGCCGCCUGACCCGCUGAGUUACUCCAGCACUUGGUGUAUUUUUCUAUGUAAACCAGCACCUGUUGUUACUUGUGUCCACACAAACAGAAGAGACCAUUCUAGCCUCAAACCAGUUCUGCAAUUUACUUACAUCAGGGGUCGGCAACCUACGGCCCCCGGGCCGAAUGCGGCCUGUAACCAAAAAUCAUCCGGCCCGCAGGCGGAUUUGUUUUUCACGUGAUCAUACGGAGCGCGGCCGAGCGCUGAGCUGUGGCUGUACUGCAUCCUGCGCAAAGCCGUGAUUUGAUGCCUGCAAUCCGGGGCGGGAUGGGGCUGGAUCCAUGUUUACACGUGAUAUAUGUGGCAUGCCAUCCGCUCACAGACAUGCGUCCCGGCCCCUAUGCAGAACAAGGUUGCCGACCCGACUCAGAUGCUUUCAUCCACUCUUCUUACCAGACUUUGCUGAUAAAUUCUAUCAUCAAGUGAUAAACCACCAUAUCUGUGGUUCCCUAAUUUGUGCUUUUGUUAAAUAAUGGAGUAACAUUUGCAAUUUUCCAGUCAAAAAGCAUAAUUCUUGCAGCUUUGGAAAAUUACGGCGGUGGGUUAGUCUUGAGUCAGGAAAGACAGACCUCAAUAGACUUUACUUUCAACAUCCAAUGAAAAUUCCAUAUAGCAGACUAGAAAACCAAUUAUCAAGAAUUGUUAGAUGUGGUUGCUGGUUACUGAAGCAAGAUGCAACACUUCUUGUGGUGAACUUUCGCCCUAAUGGACCUCCCAAGCAUCAAAAAAAUCUAAAUUUUUAAUUCAUUGGGCUACCAUUGCGUGCAAAAAAUGGUGCAAAUCCACUCUUAAUCAUUCAGUCUAACUGAGGGAGAUAUUGUUCAAAUUGGUUCUGAGCAUAGUCUAUAUGGCUUGAGCAGACCAAUAAAUGGGAGUUGUCAUUUUAUAACAUGAUAGCUUUUAUUGUGCAGUGCCCUGCGCAGACUUUUCCAUUUCCUGUUACAAGACUUAACACUAAAAACUUAGCAAAGAGGAAAAAAGUGAAAGCUUUGAAAACCAUUCCUGUUUGCAGAUAAGCCCUAUAGUUAUCUAUGUAAUAAUGUGUUUUUUUAAAUAAAAAAAUGAAUUUUGCUAAUUUGAUGCAGGGAGCCACUUUGUCAAGACUGGUCAGGAUGGAUCCUUUUACUUGAACACAGCAAAGUAAUGUCACAAAAUUAAUAUUGUGGGAUUCAGUUCCUGUCUAAGGAGCACAUUUCAAGUGUUGUGGGAAAAUAACCUCAGUUCAUCAUUUUGUUUUUGCUCUCUAUGGUAAAUUGACCAAAUGCUGAUUGAACCAACAAUUAGGUACCAGUGAAGGAAUUGUGAGGAUGCAACGUGUCAAUUAGCAGAACCAGACCAGGGUGAAUAAUUUGCAGUGGUUUAAAGUUGUGUUUGGAACAAGUUACAUUUCUACUGCAAGGCAAGCUGUAUAUUAUGAGAAAAUGAGCACAAAUUGAGAAUGGGAAGAAUGGGCUACAUAUCACAAGGCCAGACCUUUUGUAAAUAUAAAUAUACUUGACAUUCUUUAUUUAAAAUGCAGAGGGACUCUUUAGAGAAUUAUAGCAAUAAAUUAGAGAACUGUUAUGUGUUGUAUAAAGAAUUUGUGAAGUAUAUUUCUGUUCCUCUGUUCAUUUCAGCAGGCUUUGUUUUGUAAUGAGGCCACUGUAGAAUAAUGAGUAAAAAGAAAAAAAUUAAAAAUACUUUAGAACUGCUUAGACACAAUGACAGUGGAAAGUGAAACUAGACUGUGUAGUUUCUUCUAUUUAUCCUUUUAAUUUGAGUUUUACUUUUUUAUAGGUAUUCCUUUUGUGUAAUUUAUAUAUAGGUGUACAGACUAUAUGCUGAUCACUGGUUCCAAGCAGUUUCCCUUUAAGAACUGUUUUUAGUUUUGAUGUACCAAUUUUGUUUGGAUCAGAUGGCAGCACUGAAAGAUAAGCCCUCUUGUAGACCGACCCACUUAAAUCAAUGAUUUUAAAUGUUUCAGUGUUCAUGAAAGGUAUGUGUGUUCUUGUUACCUUGUGCUACCUAGACCCAGAAAUAGCUGGAAGAGCCAGAGUUAAUUUCUAACUGCACCUUGUGGUUUGCUUAUUGGUUUUGAGGAGGGGUGGAAAAUGAGUCAGACUUUUCAUGUGAAGCUGGAAUAUAAAUCUUCAACCCUUUUGCAAGCAUUGCAUGGCACUGGAGAACACAUCACUGCAGCAAUUACCUGAAUGUUGCCUUUUUCCAAAUGCACCUGUUUCACAACCCCUCCACACUGCGGUUGGUCUGCGUAUUUAUACUCAGACCUGAGCUGAUGUUCCAUAAACCAAAGGCUAGCAGUGACAGUGGAGCUCCUCGCACAACGUCACCCCUCCCACACUUUGGUUUCCAACAAAAUGGCUUCUCUUCUCUAUUUACCACCCUGCCCCAAAAAUUGAGUUUGGACCUCGAGGUGUGAAAAGGGCAUCACCUGUAGGUUUUUUUUAAUCGGUCGAGCAUUUCCAGUAACCUGGCUUUAGGUAUAAACUGUUCAGUGAUGAUUCAAGCACUGUGUUUAUUCACUUUUGUUUCCACUGUUGUUUCCAUUGUGUUGGAAACAGAUUAAAAUUUAACUAUCAAUAAAAGAAAAGAUAAAUGGAAGUUGAUAACUUUUAUAUUUUAGAUGUCUUAAUUUCUGGUUAGUAUAUGCUGUUUGUGAUGUACAGCUGUUCGAAAGACCAUAUUGUUGCGAUCUUCGAAACGUGUGCCUCCAUUGUCUGAUGGGUUAUCGUCAGAUCCACUAAACUCUGCUUACGCGCCCAGAGGUGGUCAGCUGAAGCUGCCUGUAUUAAACAAAGAAAUGUACUGCCUGUUUUCCCAAAUCAAUAAUUUAGAUAUCUGGAGAUUAACUGGGGAUGAGUAACCAGACUUUUGCUUAUCCUGCCAAUUUAUCUCUGGUUGUCAUGGUUGGUCAGGGUCCAUGAACAAGUGUGUGGCCAGGAUUGUUCUGGCAUGACAGCUGUAUGGCAUAGGAAGGGGAAUCAAAUAGCACAUUGCCAUGACAGUUGUCAGACAAAUUCUGCCUAAUUUAGCUUUACACUCUUGUGAUAGGAUGAUUUCCAAAUCCUACCAAGCAUGAGAGAUUGUUUCGCCAUCCUGCAACCCCUCCCCAAUGGACCUAGUCCAUCAGUUGGAGCUGGCUUCCAAAUGUAGGAGCAUCUCGGCAUUGGGUGUGAAGUGUGUGUAAUGCAAGGUUCCUGUUGCAAUCAAGGCUUCUUCCAAUUGUGUUUGCCCAUGUCUCCACAAAUAGCAUCAUGGCUCGGGAUUCUCUCUGCUCUUCAGUCUUUUACCAGUUUCCUGUUCUUAAGAUUAAGCCUUAGAAGACAUUGUUUUCAAAUUUAGUUGCAAUACUACGCUAAGUACUGAAUACCUCAUUUAUUUUGUAACAGUAUCCCCAGUUCUACUGAUAUGAUUGCUCUUGUAUCCUAAUCCUGUACCUGACUUGUUGAAAGCCUCAAUAAAAUGUUAACAUCCUGGUA